AAUCUCUUGGAGUCAGUACAUUUAGUUAUGUUCUUACAAACGCUUUGAACUCAAAUUCAAGCGUUGGGUGAUAAAAAAUGUCCUUCACGUUGGUGAAGCAUUUUAGACCUUUUAAGUCUCUGUUAAUAAGCAAUAAGGAUGCUGAUAUCUUAACCAAGCUUUGCAUUCACUGCACAGCAGUUCAUAGACAACCUGAUGAUAAACCAUUAUCAGGGAAGUAUGAUAAACAAGGGAAUUUGAUUGGUCCACCCCAAGCUUUGAAAAGUAUGCCAACAGAAAAUAUGAUAAGUAGGGCUAUGAUAAGUUACCUUGAGAGGAAACGAAAGACAGAAAAGAGGAUGGAGGAUCUAGCAGCAGAAUAUGAUCUAGGUCGGAGACAUUUAGCUAACAUAAUGAGUCUGGAUGAGGAUGAACUAACACCUGCCAGAGUUAGAGAGGCCAUUGCCUAUCUCUUACCAUCAGGACUUCAUAACAAAAAUGCCAGACCGUUGAUGGAGCAUCCUUCAUUUUACAUCCCUCACCUGAAAGGAGAGGAGUUUGAUAUGACAGGAAGACCUCAUCACUACUUGUAUUAUACACUUAAACCUAACUACUUUGAACUAAUGCAUACAUUGGCAGUGAAACAUGAAUCUAUGAAGAGAUCUGUCAGCCAGAAAGAAGAAAGAGAACAUGUUAUACAAGAACAAAAGCGUGUAAUAUGGAUAGAUUAUGAAAAAUUUAAAGAUUUGUUUCCAACAGAAAGAUUGAAUGAGCAUCAUCAUAAGCGUUUUGUAGCAUUAUUACAGAGAAUGUAUGACCACCCACUUGCAUCGCGUAAUCAACAAUUUUUUGAUAAAUAUUUGAAAGGAGGAUCUUCAUUAUCAGCAACUCCCAGAAAACCUAGAGAAGCACCACUGUAUCAAGAUAAAGAUGGGAGAGACUAUUCCCUUGCAAAAGGCACUAGAAAAACUGCGAGGGCGUCAGUCAAACUCAUCAGUCAAGGUCAUGGACAUGUCAACAUUAAUGGAAAAGACAUCACUUACUUUGAUGAAGUUGUACAUAGAAAAGCUAUAUUAGCUCCCCUACAGUUGUGUGAAUGUAUUGACAAGUUUGAUAUUGAAGUAAGGCUUGCUCCUGCUGGACCGUCUGCUGAUGCUGGGGCUAUCAGACUCGCCAUCGCUAGAACACUCCUAGCUUUUAUCACACCUGAAAUGAGACAAAAACUAAGAUUUGCUGGAUUCCUCACUAGAGAUCCCAGAGUCAAGGAAAGAAAAAAGCCAGGUCAGGAAAAAGCCAGAAAGAAAUUCACAUGGAAAAGAAGAUAAAUUCACUAUCUCACUUGUAUGUGGAUAUACAUUCGCCUCAAAUUAUCAUGUACAAAUGAUACUGCAGACAGAUUUUUAAUAGAACAAUAAACUAAGCAUUUUGAAAACGUCAAUGAAGAAAAAUCUUAAAGUGGAUUGAAAACUUUGUUUCAUAAGAAACUUCACAGAGGAAAUCAUGCUGAAAUUAUUUGAGAAGAAAAAUUUAUCUGUUAGUAUACAGACCUGCCAAAUUUUAGCAAACCAUGUGGCGUGAAAUUUUUUAAUUGUAACACUGAAUAUGCAACUGUUAAAAUUUUGGAUGAAAGAUAUGAAUUAUUCGUUCAAUGUUUUUAAAAUAAUUCAACUGAUGCUCAAAAGAUAGUUUGUACUGACAGUAAAUUACAUUUGAAACAUUAUUGAAGCUACCAUUGACCAAUAAAGAGCUGUUAUCUAUUUUGUAAUUUGUCACCUACGUUACCUUCAAGCUACAAGGUUCAAAGUUGGCCAGUGACUUCUGCAGGAAGGAAUUGGUUAAACUAUUGGCCCUGAAGAUGUGUUAAGCUACUUUUAAAGGUUUGAAUAAAAUAUGUUCUGGAUGUAAAAAA